AUGGAGGAAAUCGCAUCGUUCGCGCACCCGUGCGUGUGCUGCCGCGCGCGUGGUUGUGUGCAAUCCGAGCGCUCUGCGCGACAGCCAAAUGCGGACUGGUUCCGAGUGCUUCGUGGCUCGAAGCGCGUCGCGCUUUUUUCUCGCACUGGCAUGGCAUGGCAAUAG